UUGUCUGUAGAGGCCGUCAUCAAAAAUUGAGUGAACUCUAUUCUUUUCUUUUAUAUUUAUUCUUAAAAAGAAAAAGAAAAAAAGAAAGAAAGAAUGGCUUCGAUCAAACGAGUAAAUCAUAUGAAAAAAACUUUCUUUUUAUUCUAUUUUUGUAAAAUUUGAUUUGAUUUAUUUAAGAAAUAUACAACUAAUGCACAAAGUGGCAUUGAUUAUGAAAAUCCGAUAUUAAAUGGAAAAAAAGUUGUCAAAUCUAAACGAAAAGGAAUAUUAAAAAUUGAUCAUCCAUCUCGUUGGCCUGGUGAUGUAUCAAAUACAUUUCAACAUCAUAUAAACAAAACUAAGCCAAAAACAAAUUCUCGACAGUUAAAUUUUUGUGAAUUACCCGAUGAAAUUAUUUUAACAAUUCUCAACUAUCUAAAUAAAGCAACCAUUGUUGCAUUUGGACAAACUUGUCGAAGAUAUCGAGCUAUUGGAUAUCAUUCAAUAUUAUGGCGUCGUGUUGAUAUGUCUUAUAAACAUGUUGAUUGUGAACAGUUAAAUAGUCUUUUACAACGAGGAACAACUACACUUAAAAUGUAUCAAACAACAGUUGAAAAUAUGAAUUUUACUUAUAUUGAACCAUGUUUUUUAUCUCAUCUUGAUUUAACAUCAUCGAUUAUUUCUACUGAACUUCUUAUUAAUUUACUUAAUUCAUGUACUUCAUUACGAAAACUCAGUUUAGAAUCUAUAGCAUUGAACUAUGAAAUU